AUGAAGUUGACAACCUUUAUUAACGUCUGCCUACUGACUCUCUUCGGUACAGCUUCAGCUGCUGAGGUUGUUCCCAGAUCCACGUUCGCUGAGGUGACUGAUUAUGGCGACAAUCCUACGGGUACUCGCAUGUGGCUUUAUGUUCCCAAAACCCUAGCAGCAAAACCCGCCGUGGUGGUUGGCAUUCAUUGGUGUCAUGGCAGUGCCCAGGCAUACUACCAGGGCACACGCUGGGCUUUCUAUGCCGAGAAAUACGGAUACAUAGUUAUUUAUCCUCAGACACCAUAUACGGCGGACUUCUGCUGGGAUGUGGCUUCUAAAUCCACCUUGACUCACGGUGGUGGCGGCGCGAGUAACUCAAUCGCCAAUAUGGCCAAGUUCGUCAUCGAAGAAUAUGGUGCCGAUGAUAGCAAGGUUUUUGUUACGGGCACUUCCUCGGGUGCCAUGAUGACGAAUGUCAUGGCCGCAACUUAUCCUGACAUAUUCGCAGCAGGAAUUGUAUACGCAGGUGUCCCGGCCGGUUGUUUUAGCAGUGAAGACAAUAUUCCCGACUUCUGGAACUCGACAUGCGCCACUGGACAGUCUAUUUGGAGUCAAGAUCAUUGGGCCAACUCCGUGAAGAAUAUGUAUCCUGGUUAUAAUGGGCCACGACCAAAGAUGCAAAUCUACCACGGAUCUGCAGAUGAGGUACUAAAUUCGCAGAAUUAUUACGAAACUAUCAAGCAAUGGACCGGUAUUUUUGGGUAUUCGACUGUGUCAAAGUCCACCACUCCCAACAUCCCACGAAGCCCGUAUACUAAAUACGUUUUUGGCGAUAAGCUACAGGUAACGUGA